UUUUUUCUUUUAUUUACUAGGAAUGGAGAGAUGAGCUGAUUCGGUGGGACCCUGAAGAUUAUGGUGGACUUGUGGUCUUCCGUCUUCCGUCAAAGAAACUAUGGCUUCCAGACAUUGUGUUGUAUAACAAUGCAGACGAUUAUACUUCCGGUUUUAUGCCUUGCAACGCCAUGGUCCAUAGCGACGGGAAGGUCACGUGGUCUCCUCCAGCGCGUCUACGCAGUUCCUGCAAAAUGGACAUAACCUACUUUCCCUUUGACGUUCAGAAAUGCCACUUAAAAUUUGGAUCAUGGGCGUAUGACAAAGCUCAAGUAGACCUCAUCAAUAGAUCUUCAUUGGUGGCUGUCCACAGUUAUGUGGCCAAUGGUGAGUGGCGUCUCACGAAGUACGACGUGAUCCGGCACGAAGUCGUCUAUCCAAUCAGCGACGCCGUGUACCCUGACGUCACGGUAUACCUCGUGAUUUACCGCCGUAUCCUGUACUACGUGCUCAACAUUCUGUUGCCAUGUUUCUGGCUGAACAUCCUGAGCGUGCUCACGUUCUGUCUGCCGCCAGACGCCGGGGAGAAGAUAACUCUCAGUAUAACGGUCCUCCUGUCCUAUUCCAUGUUCAUGUUGCUGAUAGCCGACAGUAUGCCUCCAACCUCUGAUUACGUCCCCUUGAUAGAAAUCUACUUGACACUAUCCAUGGCAGUGGCCUCCAUAUCGGUCAUCGUGUCUGUUCUAGUUAUGAAGCUGCACCACUGCCCUCCCAGCCAGACGCCUGUUCCACACUGGGUAAAAGUUGUCAUUCUCGGAUACGUAUCCAAGUUCGUCCAGUGCAAAUGCUUCAUCAGUAAGAGGAAGAAAAAUCAAGGGUACAGCACCAGUGUCACCCCGGUGAAAUACAACGACCAAGAAGAGGCUCGCCCGUGCCUCGCCAAAGAAGGUCGGCAAGUCUCGCGAAACAACCACGUGCACGAGAACCGAGCAGACGACUUCAACUUGAAUGUUGAUUACCGGCCGGUGAGGCGGAGUAUGUCGAAUCGCGGUUCAUCUCCAGACAGUUACGUCAGCUUGUACGAGAGGACGAGUCGUGGGGUGGAAGAGCUACUGAGAUACCUGAAGAUGAUAGUUGAGAAGACGGACGAGGAGGACGAGGAGAGCGAGAUGCAUGACGAGUGGAAGCAGGUGGCGCUCGUCGUCGACAGACUCAUGUUCUGGAUCUUCCUCAUAAUCACAAUUACCUUCACCCUGGUCGUCCUCGUCAUAGUGCCCGGACUCAAUUACGUCGGAGAAGGGACGUAAUGACAAAGACAUUUGGUCUUAAUCCAAAUCCUGCCCUGUGCCCCGUUUUACGACACGAUCUUAGUGCUAAGAUCAUCUUAAGUGCAUAAGGUAGCUGUGCACUUAAGGUGAUCUUAGCGCUAAUAUCACUUCGUAAAACGGGGCCCUGGUGCUUAUAUAAAAGUAGACUCUAGACUCAAAUAUCUAAUGACGUCACAAGCAUACAAUUUGUAUCGCGUUGCCAUGACAUUAAAAUCUUCGACUCUA